AUGACACCCGCUACCACUCCUCUCCUCCGGCGAGCACUGGUUGCCUUUCCAGCAGCAAAUGCCAUUUCACACGGACUAAGGAGCCCCAAGAAUGAUUCUAUCCUCCUCCCAUCUGUUAGGGGACCGUCUCUCCUAGGAACCCUCUCCCCAACCGUUACUCUCCUCGGUCGAUCCGUACCAGCAACAGCAGCUCCCUUCACAACCUCUCCCCUCCUCCACAAAAAACCCCUCCCCCCUCGCCCAAAACCCCCUCCCGAAUCCGAAAUCGAAGAAUCCUUUCUCAAGGGCAGCGGCCCAGGAGGACAAAAGAUCAAUAAAACCAACUCCGCCGUGCAACUCCGCCACACGCCCACCGGCAUUGUAGUCAAAUGCCAAGCGACCCGCUCGCGCGAACAGAACCGCAAGAUCGCCCGCGAACUGCUCGCCCAAAAACUUGAUGAGCUGAUCAACGGGGACAAGUCGAGGACAGCAAUCGUCAGCGAGAUCAAGCGCAAGAAGGCAGCUAGCAGGGCCAAGAAGGCAAGGAGGAAGUAUAGGAAGCUGGAAGAGGCGAAGAAGCAGGCGGCUAGACUAGAGGAGGGGGGGAACGAGGGGAAAGAGUUUGAAGAGGAGGAGGAGGAAGAGGAAGAGGGAGAGAAAGAUGAGGAUGAGCUGGACACCAAUACCCAGGACAACAUCAAGGAAAAGGCAAUAUGA